AUUUUAUUUUACCUUAAUGCCAUAAUUUUAUAACCACAAAAAUACCAUUUUACAUGUUCUAAUUCACAGGAAAUUCAAGCUUGAGAAGGGCAAUUUCAUUUCUCUUACAGAGACCAAAAGCCUUAAGCCAAGCGGGAGAUGACAUGCGCAAAUGCGCGGCGAAUAGUAAACAUCAGUUGGAAUUUCAGACAAGAACCUUACUACAAUUACCUUGCGCUUCUUGACGCCUGCACAGAAUCCAAGUCAUUAUCAAUAGGCAAAUCAAUCCAUCAACACAUCCUAAAACACAAUCACUGUAAUGACAACAAUUCAAAUAUACUAGACAAGUUAACUCGUUUUUAUAUCUCAUGCAGUAGAAUUGAUCUUGCACGCCAUAUGUUCGACGAAAUUCCUAAUCCGGAUAGAAAUAAUAAAACCAUAUUAUGGAACCAAAUGAUUAGAGCAUAUGCUUGGAAUGGACCCUUUGAGAAAGCUAUUGACUUGUACUAUGAAAUGGUCGAGUCUGGUGUUAGACCCACAAAUUAUACAUACCCUUUCGUGGUUAAGGCUUGUUCUGCUAUGCUAGAUGUAGAAAAUGGUGUCAAGAUUCAUGAAGAAGUGAAAAAGCAUGGGCUUGAUGGUGAUGUUUAUAUUUGUACAGCGUUGGUUGAUUUUUAUGCCAAGUGUGGGUUAUUGGUUGAGGCACGACAAGUGUUCGAUGGAAUGUGGCAAAGAGAUAUUGUGGCAUGGAAUGCGAUGAUCUCAGGGUGCUCGGUGAAUGGUUUGUAUUUGGAGAUGAUGGGUUUGGUUUUCGAAAUGCAAGAGAAUGGGUUAACUCCAAAUUCAUCUACAAUUGUGGCUAUUCUUCCCGCUACUGCGGAAGCUAAUAAGUUGCGUGAAGGGAAGGCUGUUCAUGGGUAUUCUAUGAGAAGGGGCUUUGUCAAAGAUGUAGUUGUUGACACUGGCAUUUUGGAUGUGUAUGCAAAAUGCGGUUUGUUGAACUAUGCACAGAGGAUUUUUAGAGUCAUGUCUUUUAAGAAUGAGAUUACGUGGAGUGCAAUGAUAGGAGCAUAUAUAACAUGUGAUUCUACGCAAGAAGGAUUGGAACUGUUUGAGCACAUGAGGGUGGAAGAUACUGGGUCUCCUUCUCCUGUCAUGCUUGCCGCUGUCAUUCGAGCUUGUGCUAAGCUGAAUGAUCUGAGAAGAGGAAGAAAGAUGCAUGGUUAUACUGUUAAGUCAGGGUCCAAUUUGGAUUUGAUGGUGAGUAAUACUCUUCUUUCUAUGUAUGCAAAGUGCGGGAGAAUAGAUGAUGCGCUUACGUUCUUUGAGGAGAUGUGUUUAAAAGAUUCUGUUUCUUUCAGUGCUAUAAUUGCAGGGUGCGUCCAGAAUGGCCAUGCAGAAGAAGCUUUGCAGAUUUUCCAAAUGAUGCAAUCGUCUGGGGUUCAACCAGAAUCUGCAACAGUGAUGGGAAUUUUACCAGCCUGUUCACAUUUGGCUGCUCUACAACUUGGAGUUUGCACCCAUGGUUACUCGAUAGUACGUGGAUUUACAGAGGAUGUUUCUAUUUGUAAUGCCCUAAUUGACAUGUACUCCAAAUGUGGUAAAGUCAACAUUGCUAGGAUUAUCUUUGAUAAGAUGAAUAAAAGGGAUGUUGUCUCAUGGAAUGCAAUGAUUGCUGGAUAUGGAGUUCACGGUCAUGGAAAGGAAGCAAUUUCGUUGUUCUAUGACAUGCAGACUGUAGCUCAAAUGCCAGAUGAGAUAACUUUCAUCGGUCUCUUAUUUGCUUGCAGCCAUUCUGGUUUUGUUGCUGAAGGGAAAUAUUGGUUCUUCAGCAUGUGUCAAGAAUUCAAAAUUAGCCCUAGGAUGGAUCAUUACUUGUGCAUGGUGGAUCUUUUGGGCCGUGCUGGUCUCCUAGAUGAGGCCUAUGGUUUUAUCCAGAAUAUGCCUUUUAAACCUGAUGUGCGUAUUUGGAGUGCUUUGCUUGCUGCUUGUAGAAUCCAUAAACAUAUUGUACUAGCAGAAGAAGUAUCUAACAAGAUCCAAUAUCUAGGACCUGAAAGUCCAGGCAAUUUUGUUCUUUUAUCCAACUUGUAUACUACUGCUGGUAGAUGGGAUGACGCUGCUCAUAUUAGGAUUAAGCAGAAGGAUUCUGGCUUUAAGAAGAGCCCAGGAUGUAGUUGGAUUGAAAUAAAUGGGGUUGUCCAUGCAUUUGCUGGUGGGGAUCAAUCCCACCCUCAGUCCGCUAAAAUAAAUGAGAAAUUGAAGGAGCUUUCAACGGAGAUGAAAAAAUUGGGGUACAGUGCAGAAUCCAGUUUUGUCUACCAAGAUGUUGAGGAAGAAGAGAAGGAACAGAUUCUGCUUUAUCACAGCGAGAAGCUUGCAGUUGCAUUUGCAUUGCUAAAUCUGGAUCCUACCAAGUCCAUACUCGUUACAAAGAAUUUGCGAGUUUGUGUUGACUGCCAUAGUACGCUGAAAUAUAUAACUUUAAUUACGAAAAGGGAAAUUACAGUGAGGGAUGCAAGUCGAUUUCAUCAUUUCAGAGAUGGAAUAUGCAGCUGUGGGGAUUUCUGGUGAAGAAUGAUUGAGACUGUUUUUGUUGCUUGAUAUAGAAAUGAUUCAGUUUUCUUCUACACCUACUAAUGCAACAUUGGCUAACUAAACUAGAUUGGUGUAGGGUAUUCACAGUUGAUGUCUUGGCUGUUGUUCUGUUAGACCAGUUCCUGAGUACAUUACUUGGUAGAAUUGACAAUAAACCAUUUCUUAGAUGAAGAGUGCAGAUAAACUUUUGCAUUGCAUUAAGAUGAUGAGUGAUGAAGAUUCGAGGGGUGCAGCGUGUGCCUGCUAUGUGCUGAGAAUACAACAUCACUCAGUUGCUUGUAAAGAGUCUCGUUGAUCGCGAUAAGUGUAAUCAGGGGUAUAAAUUCUUCAUUUUGACUGGAAGAUCAACUUGGUGCUGCAUCGCACGCUGAUCAUAUACCAGAUUGGAGUAGUUCUUCAUUUUGUGCACUCUGGUCCACUAAUUCAAGUACGUCAAGUUUUAUCUUAAUGUUGGAAUACUUGGAAGUCUGAUAUUUACUGUCAAUCAGUAACAUACUGGAGCUUCAUAGAACCUACACCAUGGUUGGCACAUGCAUUAGUGAUUAAAGUUUUUCAUGAGCAAUCCAUCCAGGUAAAUCGUGGGCAAAUGCUGGAUUUCUGCCAUUAUGCGGACAUGUACUUCAAGCUGUGAUUUUAAGUGAGUAGUUCUAUCCUUCUUAUAUGCUUCUUCAUACUAGGAGUUACUCAAAUUAACUGUAAGGAAGCAUUUGAUUGGAGGUAGUUGUGACUAUUCCCACAGUUGGUCAUAUUAGCUUAGAGAGCUCGCACCACCCUAAAUAUCUAUCACGCUAGAAGCAAUUGCUUGAAAUUGAUAUAAUCACUACUACAAUUGCAAGAAUUCAUUAUGUACUCCCAAGACAAUAAGUCUAGAAGAGGAGAGAAUGUUUUUAAGCCAUUCUCAAAGUUGUACUCCUUGUAGGAAAUUCGUAGUUAGUACAUUUAAGCGAAACUGGAUUUAUGAUUAUACAUCUUAACAAAGACACUUUCUCUUUCUAAUUUCAAAUUGAGCUUCUGCAUUUCCAUGUAAGGCUAUAUUAACUUAGGAAUCAGUGGAUAUGGUGUGUUGCUUGCUCCAGCAGCAAGCAUUCCAAAACUGGAAGGAAUGCACAUGGUUGGUCUUAGGUUACUAACCAUACAGGCCAUAGUGCUGGUUGUCCAUAAAUAUUUAGAAUAUUAAGUCCCGUAUAUGAAUUUAGAUUCUCAAUUGAAAGAAAGCCACUCACUAGUUGAUUUAUAUAGUCUUAACAAUUCAAGGUGCACUUAGUCAAUUGAUUUUCUUGACAAAUUUAAGCCAGCUCGUUAUUCUUGUGGAUUUUGUACCAGUCCAUUAUCAUAAUUGCUACACCACUUUAGAUAUAUGCUUCUAUGUUCUUCAGACAUUUCUGCUCUUGAUUGUUUCCUACAAAAUUAGUGCCGAGGUCCACUCUUGCUCAGUAGUGGCACAACACAAGUAGACACUGGUUGGUUUUGCUCUUCUUUGCAUGACCUGUGAACUUCUUAUUGAUAAUUGAAACUGAAGAAAUAUUCUAACUUUAUCCAAUUCUCUAUUAUUUCAAAUAAGUAAUCGUCAUAAUUUGACCAUUUUAUAAGUACUCAACUGCAGCACUUCUUGGAAACAUAAGACUAGUUUUUUUCUUGUCUGAACCAACUUGUAUCCUGAGCCAUCGCUUUAGCACUAUGCAUUAUCCGAUUUUUGUCUAAAAUUCUCAGGAUAUGCCCUCAUAGAUAUAACAUCAAGAAAUAGAUAGAGGUGGUCCACAAACCAUUUUCGAGAUAGAUGAGGUUUUAUCAAUCUGUUCUUUGUUGUGAACAUCAGUGGGACCUUCUGCUUUCAAAGUCUAAUUAGUAUGACAAUUAGUUGGAAGGCAAAACCAUGUGAUACUUCAGGUUCUAUUGUCUUUAGCUGGUGCCCACACAAAGCCUUUUCAAUGCACAUUAGUAGGAUUGUACAACUUGUCAUUGGCCUAUAUAAACACAUACCAAGAGGGGUUUACUAUAACAACACUCAGCAAAACCUGAAACCAUAUAAAACAUUUCUUUGAUCUCAAGGUCCUUAUUAAUUAUUCCCAUCCUUAUUUGCUCAUCUGUAUUGAACUAAACGAUCAUGGCUCUCAGUAUGCCUCGUAUAAUCAAGAAGUCUUCUACAGCUGGAGAUAUUCCAAAGGGCCAUUUUGCUGUUUAUGUUGGGGAGAAGUAGAAGAAGAGAUUUGUAAUCCCCAUAUCAUUCUUGAGCCAACCUUCAUUUCAAGAUUUGCUUAGUCAAGCUGAGGAAGAAUUUAGCUUUGAUCAUCCAGUGGGUGGUGUCACAAUUCCCUGUAGGGAGGAUGUGUUCGUUGAUCUUACUUCUCGUUAGAGUAGGAUGUGAGGCUUUUUCUUUCACAGUUUUGUGAAGAACUAACCUGAAUUUUGCAGUUUGUACACUAGAAGAGCUAGGAAAGACACAUCAUUCAUACCAUAUCACUUAAAAUUAGAUAGAUGAGGCUACGGUUAGUUGCAACAAUAGAUCCCAAUUGAAUGUAAUUUUGACAAGAGACAAACAUCAUAUUCUUUAGCAAAUGAAAUCUGUUCAGCUUCA